UUCCACCACUCGAGCAUAUCCUCAUCUUAAAUCAAAAGUAAAGCAGCGUGGGAAGAGAGCUGAAUAAUUGAGCAAAAUGAUGGACUCUAAAGCACCAAUGCCAUGGAUAGGCCUAUACGCUGCUGUAGCAUCUCUAAUAUGGACUGUUUCACUAUUCAUUGAUGCAGUGAUCUCUGUCCGCCAUAGAAAGUUAUGGUUCCCUUGCAGAUUUUCUUCUCUCAACGCCGCUUCCUUGACUGUGUUAGCAGUCGCAGUGAAGUUGUCAAUGGAUCUAACUACCCCGAUGAAAGAUGGGUAUAAUCAAGCCGCUAAAAAUAGUAGCACUGCUUUCUUUUGUGUUUCAACCACUCAUUUCAUGCCUUCUCUAGGAUCCAUGAGUGAUAGAGAUAUAAUAGUGAACUUGACAGCAUUGGGUAUCCUUAUAGUGACGCUUACCGUAAAUGUUAUCAUCCAAGCAUUCACAGGCGUGAUUGACGAUGUUUUCCAAGUGGUGAUUGUCUGCAUGAAUGUUUACGCGUUCAUUGUAUUGAGUUCUGCUGCUUUAACGGUAUUUACAAGUAAAAGGUAUUUGGAACGUAAGUACACAGAAUUGCAAACAGGAAUUUUGGCACCGGAACUACAAGGAGACCAAAUAAUGGACUUUGACAAGUUAAAGUUGUGUGUGAAGAAGUACUGGGUGAUGACAGAAACAGGUAACCCUCAGUUUGUGAUGGCACGAUCUGAGGCUAGCGUUAUUUUAUUCAUGAUAUGCAUCAUAAGUUAUACUUUAAACGGAAGAAUGUAUUCCACAGCCUAUAAGACAAGUGCUGCUUCUGAUUAUAAAUGGUCAGUAUAUUUUCUUUUUUGGACUCAACUUUUAGGCACGAAUCUUUGCACUGUCAUGUCUUUGGGAAGAUUUUCAGUAGCUUUAGUUCACACUGUACGGAAUAUUAGACAAUGUACCAUCUCUAGCAUUUCCUUAGAAAUAAAGAAUUACAGGAUUAAAAGAUUGGUAGAGUGGAAAAGGAGACUCCCACCAUUAUAUGUUCGAGGCCAGAAGCGUAGAAAAAUUAUUUAUCACAUCAGAAAUCUACUUAUCAACAUUUGUAUUGGAAGUCAGAUAGUGAUUGUGAUCUUGAAUAAGUUGCUUCUUCCCAUCUCAAUUGGUGGAAUUAUCCUCUUAUUUGCCAGGGAUGCAGUUGCCAGUUCCAUACUAAUUCUCCCAUGUGCCAUCACCAUCGUACUCUUUUUUGGUAUCUUAAGGAUGAGAAUCAUUAGAUGCUUGGUGAUGGUAAAAAAUUUUUUCUUAAGGCAAUCUGAAGCCUUGGCCAAUCCCAAUGAAGCAGAACACACGGUUGGUUAUGACCAAGAUCUUAGAAAUUUUGUUUUACAUCUAGAAAGUGAGGCAAUAAAUGAUGGAUACCUGACGUUCAUUAACACUUCUAUUAAUUCAUCCAUAAAGAUGGGCACAAAGCAUCAACCUAGAUAUCUAAUGGAGCUUAUGGAGAAUUCCACCAGCUUCGAGGGUGUAUCAAAAUUUGAAAGUGAUCAAGUCUCUUCGAUUAUUUGCACAGAAACUCUUAAUUGCUGGAGUCUAGCUGUGGCAACACUAACAAGCAUCACGAUUGCUCUUCCCAAUGUUCAAAAUGAGAAGAGGAAUCAGUUGUUGAGAGGUGUCAUUGAAGGUUUUAAGUAUGUGCGCCUAACGGAGAAAAGUCUAGAUGUUCAUAAAAAAUUGAUGAGCAGCACGAGAGCUGCAGAUUUUGCAUGGGUUUUAUUUGAAUUGAGGCGCAAGUGGUUAGACAUGGAUCUCCAAAAAAUUGCCAGGGUAUCAAAAUCCUCCAAAGAAACUCUUCAGAAUCUUGCAAAUAUAAGUGAAGAAAUUUUGAAGGAAUUUACUAGUAGAAUGAAUGGAAAUGCUAUGGAAAGCUCAGUUGACUUGCCUGAAAAUAUCAUAAUUGCCAAUUCAAUGUACAAAAUAAGCAAUAGUUUGCUGUUGGUCCAUGAGGAAAGCUAUCAUUCAGCAUCAGAUACUCAAGUAUUUGAGAGAUUUUCAGUUAUUGUUGCAGAUAUAUUUGCUGCGUGUCUGACCAAUUUACCUCAUGCUAUACUCAAGAAAUGCAACAAUAGCGCCAUAGAAGAACGGGAUAAAAUUAUAAAGGAAACAACUCACCUUCUCGGAGAGACUCAAGAAAUUCUGAAAGCUCUUCAGAAGUAUGAAAUUCCUAAUCUAUCGCUUGACCAAUCAAUAUAUAUUGAUGAAUGGCGUACUUUACUCAAACACCCUAAUCAUGGUACUUUGGACUCAACUCCUAGCAGUGAGAAUAUUAUUACUGCUUUAAGUGGUGAGGUGCAUUUGGACAUACAAGAACUUCAUGCAAGUGCUACAACAGCCUUGGAAACCGAUGAAGGCAAUGCAGGGUCUCACAUGAGCGGGGAAUUGGAAGAGUCUGGAGAAGAAAAAGAGAACCACCAAACAUAAAACCCUAGCAUUUCCACUUUUAGGAAGUCAUUCUUUUAUAAGCAUAUUUUUUGUGUGUUUAUUGGAGAUUGCCACGCAACUCUUGUGAUUUGUGAGUCAUUCAGUAACAUUGCGUAAUCAUGGAAAUCUAGUAGCACCUAAUGUUGUCAUAUUAUUAGACAUUAUUAUGCAUAUUGUGAACAUUAAAAGUGCUGUGUAAUAAUGUUAGGUUGUUAUAAUUUGUGUAUGAAUACAAUAGAUAAUUUGAGAUA